CCACUAUCGUCCUUCAUACAUUCCACGAUUUUUAUACACUCGCAAUGCCAGAAAAAGGAAAAAUAUACGCCCGAGAACUAGGAAUCGACCUGGAUUCUCGCGACGAAACGGAAUACUUCAAGUGGUUCCUUGCCUGUUUGCUAUUCGGCAAGCCAGUUCAACAGAGUGUGGCCAGCCGUACAUACUCUGAACUCGUCCAGCACGGCAUCACAACACCGGAAGCUAUCCAACAGGCAGGAUGGGAUAGGUUGGUCGAGAUACUCGAUCAAGGCCACUACGUCCGGUACGAUUACUCCACGGCGGACAAACUACUAGAUGUAUCCGCUGCGGUCAAGGAGCAUGGUAGUUUUGGGAAUUUCCUGCAUGAGUGCAAGGAUGUUGAGGAUGUAUCAUCUCACUUGCAGGAGAUUAAGGGAGUAGGGCCGAAGACGGUCGAGAUCUUUCUCCGUGACAUGGCUCAUUUAUUGAGAGAAAAUAGCCCUCUAGAGUAAAUUCCCAAACAAUCCUACGUCACAGGCAAUGGAGGAGGGCUCUUUUGGUAUCUCUUGUCCAUGUGAAUUCAGUCUUUACCAACAUGAGGCAGCUUUGUGGAACAAGGUAGCAAGAAGCCUGCACACAACUGACAAGACCAGCUUAUCAGAGCCGGUUGUUCUAUCAUUCAAUGCUCAAUUGCCAUUCACUGAAAGUAAAAAAGAUCAUUGGCCCUCCUAAUCAAAGAGUAGUGAAUCGGAAAACCAUAUAAGUACGCUCAUAAAUCCUAUCAAUAUGUUAUUCUCUCCGGCGCCAAGCACACGUCAGAAUCUUGCCAGACAUAUAAACCCAG